AUGUAAUUAAUUGAAGAACUAUAGGAAAAAGAUAAUGAAAUCGUUUAUUAGAAUGUUUAUAAUUCAAACUUGUUUCGAAAAUUAACAACUCAAUAAAUCUAAAAGAUUCUUAAUCCUUACAAGUAAAAUGCAAAAGAAGUUUUAUAAGAGUUAUCUAAUUAAAUUGAUACCUUGGAAGAUGGAUUGAAAAAAUAUUAAAAUGAAAACACUAUGAUACCUCCAAGUAAAUAACAGAUUUUAGGUAUCCUCUAAUAAAACACUGCAUUUACUCCUACUGAAUCAAUUUAAUCAUUAUUAUCAGAAAAAACAAAACUAAAAACCAGUUAUCUUCAUGUUGACAAUUUGUAUAUGUAUUUAGUAAAAAAUACUAAUUAGAAAUCAGGAUGAGCAUAUUCCUUAAACUANAUCUAUAUUAAUAUAAUAAACCAAAAGAAAAAGGAAGUGAAGAUGGUAACAAAAUGGGAUAAGAUAUAUCAGAAAAGGAGAAUGCAGAGUAUAAUGGUCAGUUGCAUAAAAUAUUUUCAAAACUCUAUUUUGCUUAAAAGGAUUACAAAAAAGCAUUAACAGAAUUAACAAUUGGAGUAUUAAUUCACUCUAAUUUCUGUAUAGAUUUACACUGAUUCUUGCAGUUCUGAUCCCGAACAUCCAUUGACAAGUCUGAAUUAUUAUUAUAUGGGAUAAAUUUUCUAGUAAAAGAAAUAAAAUUCAGAAGCUGAAUAAUUUUAUGCAAAAGUAUGUUUCAUUUCCAUAAUUCUAGACUUCCUAAUGUUGGUAUAAAUAUUUAAAGAGAUAUUAUUAAUAUGGAACUCCCUCAAGUGAAAAUCUUCCAGAAGAUGUUAAUUUCAAAGAGGCUUUGUAAGUCCUUAAAUAAAUUGAAGGUUUUAUUUCUUUAUUAUAUUAGAAUAUUUCAGAAAACAUGUUGAUGAAAAUAGCACCAAAUUAUAUAUUAUGCCAAUCACAUAUAACUUAUAAGCUUAAGCUUUUGUUUACAAAAAACUCAAUAAUGAAGAACAAUAUAGACAUUAUAUGGGAUUGGCUUAUUAAGAAUUUCUUAUGCAGUAUGGAGAAAAUCACAAGAAGACCAAGAAAGUUACAGAAGUUUAGGAAGUUAUUAAAUAAAGGGAAAGAGAAUAUUGA